CAACAUCGUCUGCUGCCAGUGAUUGAAAGGAAAGAGAAAAUUUAAUGCACGUGAACUUUUGUGGCUUAUAGGAAGCAUACCUUGAAAUGGCAACUACACAGUGUCAGAGGGAGAAAACAAGAGAUUUGACUGGGAUAUUUCCAAAUGAGACCAUAACAGAGCAGAAGUCAAUACUAUUUGUGAAAAAAUUGUUAGCAAUUGCUGUUUCAAAUAUUGCAUAUUUGAGAGCUUUAUUUCCUGAGCAUGCAUUUGGAGAUCGCUCCAUUGAAGAUCUCCACUUAAAAACUCUGAGGGAUGACAGUGCUUGCCCAGGAGUUUGUAAAUUCAUACAGUAUAUGAAAGGGUGCUUUGAUGCUUUGGACAAGAAAUAUCUCAGAGUGCUGAUUCUUGGGCUCUACAGAGACCCAGAGAAUCCUGAGACUCUCAUUGAAUCCUACACCUUCAAGUUCAGCUAUGCUGACGAAACUGGAGUGGACAUUUACAGGAACAACCAGAAGAUUUCAAGUGCUAACAAUGCCAGUGAGAUCAAGAAAGCAACAAUCCGACUCCUUCGGACCAUAGUUGUUUUAACACAAACAAUGAACGCCAUUCCUGAGGACACUAUGCUAACAAUGAAGUUGCUGUACUAUGAUGAUGUGACUCCUCAGGAAUAUGAGCCUCCUGGUUUCAAGCCAUCCACAUGCACAGACUUCCAAUAUGAAGAGGAACCUGUGACCAUUAAUGUUGGAGAUGUUGCAACUCCUUUCCACAGAAUAAAAAUGAGAGUAAAGACCAAUGAGGCAAUGUUUGACAUAAAGGAAGAUGCAGAAAAGACAGAAAACUCUGAAACAAAGGAAAACCUUGAAACUGGUGAGACCAAAAUGGAAAAUGGUGAAUCUCAACCAACACCUGUGGUUCCAACAGAAAGCCCUGAAAUCCCAGGUUCAGACGGGAAAGCAGUUGAAAUUCUUGAAUCUCAGAUUAGUCAUGUCACAGAAACUCAGGAUGAAUUCGGUGUAAGAUGUCCAUGUGGCUGUAAUGAGGAUGAUGGCUUAAUGGUGUUGUGUGCAAUUUGCAAGUACUGGCAGCAUGGAUUAUGUUUCUGUAUUAAAGAGGAAAAUGAAGCUCCUGAGCACCAUGUGUGUGAUGUGUGCGCUGAUAGAGAUGAUCCCAUGAAACAGCCUACAGAUCCACACCUAUACAAGUUGACUCCAAUUGCAAUUCAGACUACGUGUCUGUGGAGAAGAGCAUUAAUGGCAGCCACAGAGUCCAGUCGGGUCAUUGCACCAAGUCUGGCCAAAAGGCUAGGAAUAGAAGUGAAUAUAGCACAUGGACUCAUUGAUAGACUGGAAAAAGAAGGAUUCGUUAGGAAUGCUGGAAAGGGGAAAAAACUUGGAAAGAUGGUUGACAAAGAGAAAAUUAUGGAAGAAGGAAUGAAAAAAUAUUUCCUACAGAAAGCUGUCAUUUCCAAUGAAGGAACCAAGGUGGAAGAAACAGAAAAUAUUGAUUCAACUGACAAACAUAUGGAGAAAAUUACAAGUAUGACUGAAAGUAUGGAGCUUGAUGGAGAGAAAAAACCAAGAAAAAAGAAAUCUGGACGGAUAUCAGAGAUCAGACAAAGUCCUCGCCUGUUGCAAAAGAAAACUGAUGAAGACAGGGAAACUCCACAAAUCCAAAGAAAGGGAAAGAAAAGAGCGUGUUCAAAGAUAUAUGAGAACUCUGAGUUUGAGGUAGCUGACAGCCAAGAUGUGACGGCUGAUGAGGACUGCCAUAGAAGUAAGAAAAAAGCCAGCGAUGUUACCAGGGCUAUAUUAGUUUAACUGACACAGCAAGCAGUUUUGUGUUCAGAGAAAUCCAGAUAGAACUUGAUUGCACAGAAUUAUGUAGCAAUAGAUGUAAUGGGGGUGUAGGGUCUUUGUGAAUGGUAGAUGUAUAAAUUGAUGAAUAUUGAAUGCAAAAUAAUUUAUGGGACCAUGUUGUUGUUGAUAUUUUUUCUAUUGUUAUGAAGAUCUUGAAUUUAUUAUCUAUGAAGGAUAUUAUUUUGCCAUUUUCAAGUUUAAAUCGAGCAAUUGUGUUGCAUAUUUUUAUUUUAUUUGUUAUACUCCCAAGUGAGAGUACUUUGUUGAUUUUGCCUUUUGCUUUGUUGUUAGAAAAGAGACUGUGUAGUUAACUGUAGAACAUUGUGGUUUGUUGAUUUAUUUUGUGAUAUACGGAUUUAAUAAAUUUAUGUGCAGACACUG